GCGAUGGGGCCACAGCUAGCCACCGUCUCGCUGCUUCUACUAACAUUUUUUUCGAAUUCUAUUCAAUACCCGCACUCACCAGCAGCCACAGAAUGCCCUGCAUACUUCAACGGAAACAUAGCAGGAAAUGCAUGCAGUCGGGAGUACUCGAUAUGUGUGAACGGAGUCAGGCAAGCAGCCACCUGCAGCGAUGAUUCUGUCUUCUACGAAGACGAAUGUGUGCCAGUCGACGAAUCUCCAGAAUGUCGAGUAGAUGAAAACACUGAAGAAGAUGACACCCCAUAUGCGGAAUUCGACUGCACAUCGAAACAGGAUGGCAUCUACUCCAUUGGCUGCUCUAACCAGUUUAUCAGCUGCGUCGCCGGCGGAGCCUACAUGGCGAAAUGUCCUGAUAGCUUGGUCUUUAACGAAAGAACCCAAGAUUGUCGUGAAUCUUGCGACGAAGUGAAACAGGACACAACUACUGCACCACAAGUCUACGAAGAUGGUGAAGAAGGAUACGGAGAAGCUUCCGGUGAGAUUGCUGGAGAUUACGAACGUCAACCGUCGAACGAGCAGCCGGAUUCAAUUGACUUCGAUUGCAACGGUCUGGAAGACGGAAACUACGCCGACGGUUGCAAUGACGUAUUCUACUCAUGCAGCAACAACAUGGUGUUCCAGAGAUACUGUCCACCGGGAACAGUUUUCAAUAUCAAUCAACAGUCCUGCGAUUUCCAAUGCACGACCGAUGAUCCAACGACCACUGUAUCGUACUCAACUUCUACAAUCACAACACCGCAAGAAGAUGACAGUGAAUACAGCUCAACAACUUCCGCUGAUGUCAUCUCAACAACAACAACACCUUCAAUUGAUGCUAUUGAGACAACUACGACUGGAUUUGAUGCCGUGACAACGACAACAACGACGCAAACUCCGUUCGUUUGUCAGGAGGGACAAGUCAACUCCUUCGGGAUGUGUUCGUCACGAUUCAAUCGUUGUCAGAACAACUCGGUGCGUUCAAAGCAAUGUCCAGUCAACACUCUCUUCGAGUCCUCUCUCGUUAUGUGCGUGUUCGAUUUGCCACAAUGUCAACCAAUCACUGUUCCCGCCGCUCCUGCGUACAACUCUUACGGGCCUCCAUCGGAUACCAUCGUCAGUCCAUUUGAUGAGAACGUUCGUCUGAAACCAAAAUUCGACAGAAGGCGUAAGUAUCAUCAUGGGAAGCCGAGUUACGGACCGGUAAAUGGAAACUCGUAUCUUGAGAAUCCAUUCUUCAUCCCUCGACACCGUGGAGGCAGCCACAGAGAUCAUCGCCGCUAUGGUUAUGGACCGGCCAUUGAUUCUCCAUUCUCAACCGCUUUCCGUGGUCGUGCUGCACUUAGCGAUCAAUUCAAAGACUACCGCCGUGCAAGAAUGGGAAAGAUCCAAGGAGAUGCCAGGAAGGUUGAUGGAAACAAACGUUUCUUGAUUGAUGAUGAGUUCGAAGGGCCAAACGCGAAGUUUGUUGAAUCUAACAUUGAGCAAGUAUUCCCGAAGAAUCGUCAUUCAAAAAAACAGUUGGGACCACAUGAGGAUCCAGACGGCUAUGACGACGAGAAAACGUUCGACGCAAAAGAUUUGUUCGGAGCCACGAGAAGGAAGCGUUCAGCCUACUACGGAACUGAACAAUCUGUAUAUGGACAGCAGUCUGCACAAAUAUCUGCUCGACAAGCUCAAGUAAACAAGGACUGUCAACAAUACACUACUCCCACUUUCCUUACAUUCGGCGACUGUUUCGAUCAGUUCAUUUUCUGCUCUGGAAACGGAAUCAAUCGUAUGGCAGCUUGUCCAAUUGGAGAAACAUUCGACAAAACUCUUCGUUCUUGCUCAGAAACGUGCGGUGUUUCAACAACAAUAGUCGCUGUCACAAUCGGAACACAGACUUCAGACGAUUUAUCUGCACCUUCUGAGUACAUUGAGAAUGACGGCGUCACUACUCAAUCAACAUGGAAUGAUCAACCAUCAACCACUCAGGCUCCAAAUUCAUACGAAUCUUACACCACCCAAUACUCUUCAAAUGACGUGCCAUCGACUUCAGCUGCUCCCAUUGGGGAUCGUUGUUCAUUGGACGCAUCAGGCCUUUUCUCACUUGGAUGCUCGCAAAAAUACAUUCAAUGUUCUAAUGGAGCAGCAAUUGUGCGUCGUUGUGGAGAAUCGUUGUAUUUCAAUGAGGCCACACAAGAGUGUACUUACAGAGAUGAAGUUCCAGAGUGCGGAUCCCAAGGAUCUACAAGUUCACCUGUUAUCACUACACCAGGCCAGGAUCAGUCAUCGAACUACUACGGAAUCCCAUCGGAUGAUGUCCCAUCCACCACACAAACGCCGGUUGGAGAUCGAUGCGCUUAUGUUGCUUCUGGGCUUUUUGAUCUAGGUUGCUCGCAAAAGUACAUCCAGUGCUCGGAUAGUGCUGCAUCUGUGAGAGAAUGUGAAGGGUCUCUGUAUUUCGAUGAACGAAGCCAAAGUUGCCGUUUCAGAGACGAAGUGUUCAAAUGCCAAACAGCAGACGUAAGUUCUUCGUCGACUGUUCCGUAUUUGGACUUCACAACUACUCCAGCAUCGCCAUCAGAGGAUGAGCCAACAACGUAUGAACCUUCCGUGGCACCGUACAUUCCGUCGGUUACUGUCAACCCAGUUGAUACCUGCACAAGUCUCUCAGAUGGAACUCAUGGAACGGGAUGCUCAUCGUUUUACUUCGUCUGUUCACAUGGACGCCUUAUCAGUUCGGGUAACUGCCAGCUGGGUGAAGGUUACGAUCCAUCAGUACAAGGUUGCCGGACUUUCAGUGAAAUUCCAGCUCGAGCUUGUGAUGAGCAGGAAGUUACGACAGAUGCUGGUCUUGUUCAGUUAAUGCCGUACAAGACAUUAGAAGAGGUUCUUACGACAACUGAGGCUGCUACUACAGUUGCAAAUGACGGGCCAACGGACACCUACAUCACUGGCUCCACUAAAUAUUCUACAACAGACAGCGGUGAAUACACUAUUCCAUACGGAGAUGAAACCACGUCUACUAGAUCCUAUGACCGAGCCGAUAAUGACAGCGAAGACGAAGAAGAGGAUGACGUGGAGCACGACCAAAAAUGCACCGUUGGAUCACGUACCCCCGUUGGAUUCUGCGUUCGCACAUACCUGGAAUGUACCGACGCCGGAAACGUUGAGAAAUUGUGCAGGAUUGGGAAACUCUUCGAUUCUCACUCUAACAGAUGCGUUCCUAGAAUCGGUUGUGGAAAGGAGGCUAUUCGUGAUGCUAUCAAGGAUAUGAUUGCAACAACGCCCGCUCCUGCUCAACCAAAGCAGUUUGAAGGACGAUGUGCACAUGUGGACGGGGAAGCUGUCUUUUCUAUUGGUGUCUGCAGCAGCAAAUAUCUCAGAUGCUCGUACGGUGCUUCAAAACUUCAACAAUGUUCCGAAGAUCGUGUUUUUUCAAAUGACAAGUUGGAGUGUAUCGUUAGAGAAUCUGUAUCCGCGUGUACUGUUCCGAAAAAUCCGUCCAUCAAGAAGUACUACACCAGUAAUGAUCAGUCCGCUUUUUGUGAUGGAAAGGAAGAUGGCCUUUACAGAAACGAAAGAGAUUGUUCGGCAAUUCUUCAGUGCUUCGGAGGAGAACUGUUCGAACAUCCAUCAUGUCAAUCCAGCCUUGCAUUCAAUCAAUUGACCGGCAAAUGCGACUACCCACAAAAAGUCAGUGGAUGCGAGAACCAUGGUCAAACCAAUGGAGAAUGCUCCGAACAUGGAUCUUUCAUCGCUGAUGCCAAUAACUGCGAAGUUUUCUAUCGAUGCGUGUGGGGACGAAAGGUUGUGAUGACGUGCCCAUCGGGAACCGUGUUCAAUCCAUUGUUGUCCGUUUGCGAUUGGCCAAGCGCAGUACCAUCUUGUUCUGGCCAAGCGUCUGACAGCAACUCUUCAUACGGCAGUUCGACGUACAAUGAUGAUAAAUCGGGAUAUUGAUAAGUUGUUCUAAACACCCCCAUUCCGCAAACUAAUCUAAUCUUUACAUGUACUAACUUUAUUGCAUUUGAUCUCUUGAGCUAAUCAGCUAUUAUUCAGCAUCAUUCCCUUCCCAUUUUUCUCUACCCCAUACACCCAAGUUUUCAUGUUGUCAUAAUAAUCUGAUUUAUUUGCAUGCUCAACGAUACCUUGAAGUUUAAAAUUUUGUUAAAUAAAUCGUGCGAGCCCCAACUGUUCCAAAAUAAAAUGCAAUCCUGU